AUGAAUAAUCUUUUUACAUUUCACGGACCUGCUGUAAAAAAAUUACUAGGAUGGAAGCAAGGUGAUGAAGAGGAAAAAUGGGCUGAAAAAGCUGUUGAUUCAUUGGUAAAAAAAUUAAGAAAGAAAAAAAGUGGUAUGGGAUCUAUAGAAGAUCUUGAGUAUGCAUUAGCUAAUCCUGGUUGUGUUUCAAAAUGUGUUACAAUACCAAAAUCACUUGAUGGUAGACUUCAAGUUUCUCAUAGAAAAGGCCUUCCACAUGUAAUUUAUUGUCGUGUUUGGAGAUGGCCAAAUUUACAGUCACAUCAUGAAUUAAAACCAAUUCAAGGAUGUUUAUAUCCAUAUGAUUCAAAUAAUAAAUCUGAUUUUAUUUGUAUUAAUCCUUAUCAUUAUAAAAGAAUUGAAAAUAUACCACAACCUAUAUUUUCAAUAAAAAAUCCUAUUUCUCAAGAGGUACCUUCAACAAUGACAAAUUCUCCUGCUAAUCAGUAUUUCAGUCAGGAACAAUAUUAUAAUAAUCUACAACAAACCAUUCCAUUAAAUUUUUCAGAUACAUCUUAUCAACAAUAUUAUAAUCCACAAUAUUAUGGGCCAUCACCUCAAUCUUCAAGAGGUUCUUUCACAGCAUGGUCUCCAUCGGCACUUAGUGAUGAUGAUGAUAAUGCUAUUAAUAAUUCAAAUAAACAAUAUCAAUUAGCUCAACAAAUUAUGUAUCGUCAACCAACAAAUGAUGAACCUGAUUAUUGGUGUUCUAUAGUUUACUAUGAAUUAAAUACAAGAGUUGGAACUACAUACAAAAUAACUUCACAAAAAGUUACAGUAGAUGGAUUUACAAACCCAAUAGAUUCAUCUGAUAGAAUAUGUUUAGGAUUGUUAUCUAAUGUUAAUAGAAAUUCAACUAUUGACAAUACCAGAAGACACAUAGGACGUGGAGUAACAUUACAAUUGAUAGAAUCAAAUGUACUACUAACAAACAAUUCACAAUUUCCAAUUUUUGUACAAUCAAUUAAUAGCAAUUAUAAAAUGAACCUAAAACCAACUACUGCUUGUAGAGUACCUUCAACAGCAACAAUGGAAAUUUUUAAUACUAAUUUUUUUUUAGAAAUGUUAGAAAGAGCAAAACUCGAAGGGUAUUACAAUGUAUAUGAUUUACAAAAAAUGUGUUAUAUAAGGAUGUCUUUUGCAAAAGGAUGGGGUGAAUCAUAUCAUAGACAAGAUGUUACUUCAACACCCUGUUGGUUAGAAAUUCAAUUAUGUAAACCAUUAGCACACCUUGAUGAUGCUUUAUCAAUAAUGGAACCACCAGAUAAUGAAAAAAUUUCCUCCGUCUCCUAA